AUGGAGAAGCAGAGCUCCCCGAACGCGGUGUUCAAGGAGUUCCUGACCAGCGGCCUGUCCGUGUCGGCUGCCAACGUGUGUACUAACCCCAUAGAUGUGGUGAAGGUGCGGAUGCAGUUGCAGUCCAUGCAGCUGGCGGGCAACGGCAGACUGAUCGCGCCCAGCCUGCUGCAAACCGGCGUCACUGUGGUGCAACAUGAGGGCUAUGCUGCGCUGAUGAGUGGUGUCAGCGCUACCGUGGCGCGCGGCCUCUUCUACGGAGGCCUGCGCCUGGGCAUGUACGCACCGCUGAAGACAGCCUUUGGCGCGGACACGGACCCGACAAUUCUCAAGAAGGUGGCGGCCGGAUCAGCCAGCGGCGCGAUUGCGACGCUCAUCACCAACCCCAUCGAGCUGCUGAAGACGCGACUGCAGUCCUGCUCCACCAUGGGGCCCCUGCAGGUCAUCAAGAAGGUCGUCAAGCAGGACGGUGUCAGCGGCCUCUGGAAGGGCACCAUGCCCUCUGCGGUGCGCGGAACUCUCCUGACCGCCUCCCAGUGCGCAACCUAUGAUGACACCAAGCGGCUGUGGAUGCGCACCACUGGCUGGAGGGACGGCCUGGGCACGCACGUGGGCGUCUCCAUGAUCACAGGGCUGGCGGCGACGACGAUCACGCAGCCGGUUGACAUGGUGAAGACGCACAUGUACUGCAAUGGCAGCAAGUACGCCAACCCGCUCUCCUGCGCGGCCGACCUGUUUGCGCGGGAGGGCGCGCGCGGCUUCUUCAAGGGAUGGACGGCCAACUAUGCGCGCCUGGGGCCCCAGACCACGCUCAUGUUUGUCUUCCUGGAGAACAUGCGCCACGUCACCGGCAUGAAGGCCUUGUAG